CGACAGCUUUGACCUGGAGGACGACGACGACGACGAAGGAGAGGACGAGGACGAUGAUGAGAUGGAACAGGAGAGGAAGCUCGAGUCGAACGGCAAAGAGAGUGAGGAGGGAUCGAGAGCAUCAGGCUCUGUGUACCACCAGGAGGAGGAGGCAAAGGGCAGCAGCAGGCGGGAGGACGCCAUGGCUGCGGUCAAUCCCAUGGAGGGGGGGAGGAAUUUUCUUCGGAUCAACCUGACUAACACGGCGCCUGAGGAGGGGAAUCCUCCUACCCAUAGGGACGAUGACUUCGUGCUGGGAACGUCGACGGUGCUGGAGGGGUCCAGCAAUACUCUCAGGAUCUCGAGACACGCUGACAAUGAUGCCAAGGAGGUGGAGGAAGGGAAGGCGGACGAAACGAGGGAAGAGGGGGAGAGAGGUCCUCGGGCUGACGGUCGUAUCAACGGGAACUGCUCGCCCUACACGUCCGUUUCUUCCCUCCUGUCUGGCAGCGAUUACCCGACGUCCGGAGCUCCGCAGUGAUUGAUACCUUUGACUUGCAUCGAAUGCCCUGGUACUAUAUACUACCCUCCUCCCUCUCCUCUCCUCCUCCUCCUCCUCGACCUUCGCUUCCUACCUCUCCCCUCCCUUCCCUCUUUCAGCGAUUUCCGCUUCUUCUGUAUCAUCACCUCGAAAGCUCUUCGUUUCGCUCCUCGCAGUUCAUCUCGUGCCAACUUUCUUCCUAGCCCUCACUGAGCUUAAUCUUGACAGCUACAGGUGAAGCAGCAGAGGAGGCGCAUACUUUACGUUUGGUUUGCAUGAAAUUUCAAUGAUUU